GGCACUUCCGGUUAAUAUCCAAUAUGGCGGGGAAUGAGACAAAACUGCAACUCUUCAAUUCAAAAACUGUUAUUUCUUCUUAGGAUUUUAUACUUAGAUCGAGAAAAUAGAUGUAAACUUCAGUUAUUGAUAUUGCCUUAUAAACGCACUCAUCAAAGAUGUGUGACGUAUGCUCAGAUUUGCUGACAAUUCUUGACAAUUUUGAAGAAAGAAGUCAACAUGGGGGCUUUCAUAUGGACAAGAAGGAGAUUCUCUCUUUUGUUUUGUAUGUGUGUCUGUGGCCUCAAAGGCAAUGUAUGUGCUGCUUCAAGGACUAUAGGAACUUUGAGAAGUUGAACACAAUGGUUCAAGAUACACUAAGUGUAGGUAUCAGACUAAUACAGACCUUGCCCGAGGAUAAUGAAAGAGAACUCACAGAGAAAGAAAAAGAAGUGACUGCUGGAAAAGAUGACAAAGAAGGAAAGAAGACAUCUGAUGGAACUGAGGAAGAAAAAAUGGAGAAUGAAAAGAAAACUGAAAGUGAUAAGGAAGACGAGAAGGAGAAGGAUAUUUGGACAAUAGAGGAGAAAGAGAAAUUACUUCAGUUUGUCACCAAAGUCUUUCUUAUGAACUUUCCAUCUUACAUAGCAUACAAACAUAUUGUACACUCAAGUUUAGAGGAAUUAUCCCAGCAGGAGACAAGUGCACUAAACAAUUAUUGUGAAAUAUCAGAUCCAGAAGUGCCGCUGUUUCUAUUGCGCAAUGUUUGUUUUUUCUGUGAUACAAAUGGUAUAGGUUCUCUGAAAGUCUGUUUUGAGAAAGCCACUCCAGAUACUUUGCCAUUCAACUUUGCACAUAUUCUUAUCACCUUGAUAGCAAAUCUUCGAUUAUGGAUGAAUAUUCCGACUGUGAUGCAGUAUAUUGUGCCACUACGCACUGCUGUGAUUAGGUACAUGUGUAAACUAUCUGACAAAGACCUGAGAAUGGCAGGUAACCGCAACAUGACAGACUUGAUGUGGGCAGCAGUUAAAGAACCUUUAGAAACCCAUUUUACAUUUGACAAGGAUGGGUUAGAACUAGCAUUUAAAUACUUCACGUGUUCAACUUUAACAAUAAGACUUGCUGGCAUUGCUCAACUUAAUAAUCAAAUAACCUUGUACAAUGAGAGUUGUAACAAUGAAACAUUGAUGGAUGCAGAAAGAGAAGGUCGUCAACUGGCUGACUGGUUGAUAGAUAGUAAGAUAAUAGAACAUAUAUUUGGACCCAAUCUACAUGUAGAGUUGAUAAAACAGAGUCAGAUAAUUCUGAAUUUCCUGGCUGUAGAAGGUAGAAUCACUAGUGAACAUAUAGAUUGUAUAUGGGCUGCAGCUCAGCUGAAGCAUUGUGGGAAGCAGGUUUUUGAGUCUCUUAUACCAUUGAUAAAGAACCUAGAACUACAACCAGUCCAGCACUUGCUACAGCUGGUAUCCAGUCUAGAAAUUGCAGCUCAUACUGAGUCUACACUGUACUUGGCAUCGGCCUUGAUCAAGUGUGUAUGGAACACUUGGGCUGUCCAACCAAAAGCUGCACUGCCUCAAAACCAGAACUACAAUACUGCCAAACAUGAACAUAUGGACACUGAUAAACAGAAGCAUGAUUUAAGCAGUAGUGAAAGUAUACAAGUAUCUGAAGAUGGUGAUAGAGAUAGGAGAAAAGUUCAGAGACCUGGAACACCAGAGGAGCUUGACAGAUCAGUAGAGAGUAGUGGUGAGUCACCUAUAAAGAGAAAGGUUGUAAAUAAACAUAGACAUAUAAAGAAAUCCGAGGCUCAUGAAUCUGAAGAAAGCAUUGUUGAUAGUGAGGGAGAUGUUCAUAGUGAGGAAGAGGAGGAGUCCGGGGCAGAGCAGUGUGGGUGUGGCCAUGAACAUGGGGUCAGAGGUCAUCAUGCUCAUCAUCACGUGCGUGCACACAGUCACAGGCAUCAUUUACACGAGCUUCACCAGGAGGCGGAGAGUGGCGAGAGUGAGAGCGAGAUGGAAACGAGCGACUCCAGCGAGGGUUUGAACCUAGAAGGACUGGACAUGGAGAAUCUAAGACAGCGGGCUAUAGAGAUGCAAAAGAAAGGUCAUCAUCACAAGCAUCGUCAUAUAGAGGGAGAAAGUUCCGAGGAGAUUGAUCCUGAAGAUGAGGAGGAAGAAGAACUUGAUUCAGAAUUUCUCGACUCUGAAGAUGAAGAAAUGAUUAAACAAAGAAAAUUAAAGCAGUUCCUCGAGGCACAUAACCUGCACGAGAACAGUGAGGAGGAUUCUGAAUACGAUGAAGAUGAUGAUGAGGAAGAGUACGAGCAUCACGUGCUGCGGCAAGCGCACGCGUUUCAUAACCACCAGUUAGCCAUGCACCGCAGAAAACAUCAAGCCAUGCAGCAACGGAAACAGAAAAUGAUGGGAAAGGCAGUAGAGGGCAAGAGGGUCCAGGUUGGAAAUAUACCAACUGUUGUGAAAGACACUGAGGUGAAAAUAGAGGAAAGGGUUGAAGGAAAUAAUUCUGGUCAUGUAUCUGACACUGCAGCAGUAGCAGCAUCAUUACUGGAGGAGAAUGAAGGGAAAUUGAAACACGAGCAUGGAGAUACCGAGGUGUAUGACUGUACACACAUUGGUGAAACUACACAUAAAAAACUAAAUAGGCAUCCACGUGGUUACCAUGGUGAUGAUAUAAUGAGUCCUGACGAUGGAAGUUGUCAUAGUUCACACCUUAGUAACAAGUCAGAGAAGAAUAUGGCUGAUUUUGAUGGGGAGGAUUUAUUGAGCGAUGAUGAGCUGUCACAGAUCAAUGCCCACUCCCAGCUAAACUCACAUGCUACAUUUGGUCAUCUCUCCAGCAUGGCCUCUAUGUACCAUACACACAUGCCACAUGUGAUGAGUCAGCGUCAGGCACAGAAAGAAUCAUCCACACACACAAACAGUACGGCAUCUUCAUGUUCCGAGUUCAAUUUUGAAGAUGUUUGUAAACCAGGAAAUACCUUGUUGUGGGAUCUAGUCCAAGAUGAUAAAGCUCAUUUACUGCCUGAAGGAUUAGCUGUAGAUGCAGAAAAGGUGCUACAUAAUCUGGUCUGUUUCUGUACAGAUAAACGAAUCAAAAAAAAGUUUAUUGAAGCUUGUAUAAAUAACCUGGCUCAUCAUAGAUCUGUGGUUGUUUCACUACGACUACUACCGAAGAUAAUCUACUCAUUCCAGCAGUAUCGUAGUGACUCUAAUUGUCACACUAUUACACAGUGGUCAGAGAGGGAGUUAGACAUGAUGUCACACUUCUUCGUGAACCUUGUUCAUUAUACAGACAACCAUAGAGAACAUGGCACACAAAACACUGCUUUAUACAGUCAUAAAGAAGAGAUACAAGUUCGACUUUUGUUCUUAUCUGGUGUGUUCUCAUCAACGUGUUCAACUGAUAACUUUAGAUUAAACCUUGACCAGGUGGACACAUUGUGGGCAUGCCUGGCUGAUGACAAGGAUUGUUGUGAUGAAUGGUUGAGUUGGAUGUUAAACCAAGCCAAGAGUAAAGAUCACCAUGCCCUUGGACUAGAAACAUUCAAACAUAUUUUCCUUGAAAAGAUGCCGCAGUUAAGUCCGAAGUCAAUGAGUAUGAUAGGAUUGAACCUGUUCCAGCAGUUAUCUCAUCUAUCCAGGAUUGCCAAUGCUUCCAGUGACUGCUCCCUACCUGAAGAUAAGAUCAGUGGAAUGGAACAGCUAUGGGAGUUGCUUGCGAGCAUUUAACCCGAUGUUAGCAUUACAAACAAUAAAAGUAUGUCCCUGGUUUUCAAUGGGUUUGGGAAUGGUUUAUAGGGAAAAGAGGAGGAGUUUGUUCAAAAAUGUAUGGGGAAAUUUGGUGGGGAAAUACUGACAAUUUUACAAAGGGAUCCAGACACAAGUUUGAUGGUGAUACAACGGGGACUGGUUCUUAUGAAGAAUCAUCUCGAGGUGUUUCGGAAAAGGUAUGCCUUUCAUCUCCGCAAUUGGCAGAUCACCGGAAAUGGUAUUAUUAGUCAUCAACGUAGCCUGGUAGAUAAACAGUCGGCACAGAUCAGAAUUCUACUACAACCAGCAGGGCUUGGGGAGAAGACACAGAUAGAGAUGUCAUCUACUGACCUGGUAGCUGAGCUAAGAGCUGAAGUCACUCACUGGUGGGAACAGUUACAGAAACAACAGAUACAAGCUGGGCAACAGAGGGAAGCUAGUGGUUUAGGGAGUAGUUUGUUAACUCCUAUACUAGGUGCUAUGUUAGGGGAUGGACCUAUAAGAAUGAUCAACCAGGGUCAGGAGCUAACCUAUGAGGUAGAUGAGAAAACACUUAGUGAGAUGGCCUUCAAGGAUGGUCAGAUCGUGUUUGUCUCUGUUGGAGCAGGGCGCCAGCCUAGAAAGAUGGAUGGUUCCAUUCCUUCUGCUAGCCUACCAAUACCACCUAGAGAUAAAUUACCCAUGAUGCUUUUAAACCAGGAACCAUUCUUUGGUCAACUUCUAACCAUGUUAGAGAAACUGAGCAGGCUUGACUUAGCUACACUCAUGAUGGAGAGUCAAGAAAAGUUAAACCAGACCACCAAAGCAACUGUGUUGUCAAGAAAGGUUUGGGAGCUACUGAUGUUGCUACCUACAAACUCUGAUGUCCUGCAAGGAUUUAGGAGUAUUACUCAAGAUAAGGACCCAAGUAUGACUCCUAAUUGGCAGAAGUUACUUGAUCCUCAAGGUCCACACAGGCUGAUGUACUCUCUACAGAUUGUUGAAGGACUGUCUAGAGGUCCUAAACAUAGGAGAAAAUCUACUGCUCAUAGAGGUGGUGGAGAUUCUUUGUGUACUAGUACAGAAUCUGAAAUGUCAGUUGAUGAAGAACAAGCUCCUGAGGAACUCUGGAGUAAAAAGUUCAUAGAGAAGAAAGGGUUGAGUCACAUGUUCAGUAUAUUUAUGUCGGGCAGUCUACAAAUGAAAGAGGAUGAAGCAUGGAGUCAGUGGGACCAGGAAUGUCUAGCGUUUUUGUUACGUCUGAUCACACAGUUUUCUAUAGAUGCCUCGGACAUCGAGGCAGGACAUGAUGAUGUAUUCGAAACAUACGAGAGUCCUCGUAAAAAACUUAAGAAACAAAAACAACAGGAUAAAAUUAUUAUUCCAAGGCUUGACCAGAACAUAAUUUCAAUGUUAAAUGUUGGAGAUGUUUUACAAAUUCUGAUGAGAAUUCUGUAUGAUGCUGCCAUGCCUGUAGACUCAAACCAAAUACAUGCAGGGACAUGGGGUCGAACUGAAGUUGUUCACUAUUCCCUGUCAUUUCUGGUAUCCUGGGCAUACUCCUCUGAGAAAGUGAAGGACUGUUUGUGUUCAUCUCCUAACUUUGACAGCUGGUUAAAGCGACUCACCAUGGAGGCACCAGAGCCACAUGUCCGACGUGAAGCAUGUGCGGGCUUGUAUAGACUGUGUUUUGGAAGAACAGCUGAAGGAAAGACUGGUUAUCCUUUCUUACUGCCAAUUUUAGCCAGUCUACUUAGCUUUCUGCCAGAUGCAUUAAAGAUAAAACCUCAGAAAAGACUGGAUGAUGAAGGUUCACCAAAGGAGAAAGAACCAUAUGGUCCAGGGUGUAGAGAUUAUUUCUGGUUGGUGUGUAGAUUUGUAGAGAGUAUAUCCAAGAGUGAUGCUAAUGUGGAGUCUGAUAGUCCAGUCAAUCUGAACACGUUAGCAAGAGAGCUGAGUCAGCAUAUUUUGAACAGAGAAUUUUAUGAGACUCGCCAUGGUUACGAGGAAGACGACGCCCUCAUCGGAUUGUUUAAUAUUGCCACAGCAGUAUUCAAACACAACCCUCCUUACAAGAACACUGAUGAUUGUAGGGAAUUUCUUGGAGAGGUAUUUCAAUGUCUGUUCGCAUUGCCAUCACCAACAAAACGUUAUUUUCCCAAGUGUAAGAGUCAGGCGUCUAGGUCUGGAGCCUAUGAUCUACUUGUAGAACUAGUGAAAGGAAAUCUUGAUAACUAUAAAAUACUUCAUGCCAAGAUGUUACUUCAACACACCAAAGAUACACAUGCUCCAUAUCCGUGGGAUUAUUGGCCACAUGAAGAUGGUAGAUCUAAAUGUGGAUAUGUUGGUUUGACCAACCUGGGUGCUACAUGUUACAUGGCAACAUGUAUGCAGCAUUUAUACAUGAUACCUCAGGCCAGACAGUCUGUCUUACAAGCUAAGUGUUCAAUACAGACCAAGCAUGAGAACACAUUGAUGGAGUUGCAGAAAAUGUUUGCAUACUUACAGGAAAGUGAAAGAAAGGCGUACAACCCACGAGGGUUCUGUAAGGCAUACACGAUGGAUAAACAGCCCCUUAAUACAGGAGAACAGAAAGAUAUGACUGAAUUCUUCACUGACUUGAUCACUAAACUUGAGGAAAUGUCACCUGAUAUGAAAAAACUGAUCAAGACUUUAUUUGGUGGAGUGAUUACCAACAAUGUUGUAUCUUUGGAUUGUCAACAUGUAAGUAGAACAUUGGAGGAGUUCUAUACUGUCAGAUGUCAGGUCACAGAUAUGAAAAACCUAUAUGAGUCUCUAGAUGAAGUAACUGUGAAGGAUAUGCUGGAGGGAGACAAUAUGUAUACCUGUUCUAAAUGUGGCAAGAAAGUUAGAGCAGAAAAAAGAGCAUGUUUCAAGAAGUUACCAAAGAUAAUCUGUUUUAACACCAUGAGGUACACGUUUAACAUGUUAACCAUGAUGAAGGAGAAAGUGAACACUCAUUUCUCGUUCCCGUUACGUCUCGAUAUGUCGCCAUACAUGGAGAAAAAUCUCAUCUCCUCAGAUAAACUACAACAAGAUGAGGAUGAAGAUAAUGGGUUUAUUGAGAGGGAUACCGGUGUACCGGAUGAUGAGCAUUACGAGUAUGAAUUAAUCGGUGUAACCGUACACACUGGAACAGCAGACGGUGGUCAUUACUAUAGUUUUAUACGAGACCGGUUAAAUAAGUCAGAGUCUGGUCAAGAUAAAUGGUUUCUGUUUAAUGAUGCUGAAGUAAAACAGUUUGAUCCAACUCAGAUAGCCACAGAAUGUUUUGGUGGAGAAAUGACAAGCAAAACCUAUGAUUCUGUAACAGAGAAAUUUAUGGACUUUUCUUUUGAAAAGACAAAUAGUGCAUACAUGUUAUUCUAUGAGAAAUGUUUACCAAGCAAUAAAGAGAAGGUACCAGAUGAUGAGAAAAUUUGUGAACCAGCCAAGAAGUUCAACUUUGAACUCUCAAAGGAACUUGAACAGUGGAUCUGGCAGGACAACAUGCAGUUCCUACAAGACAAAAACAUUAUAGAACAUACAUACUUUGAUUUUAUGAUGCAGACGUGUUCAUAUAUACCAACAACAUUACCUAAAACAGAUCCACUUCUUGUUGCCUUGAAAUCCUCACAACUUAGUACAUCAUUUGUCCUCGAAACAUUCAUACAUGCAAAGGAAAAGCCGACAAUGGUACAGUGGAUAGAGUUGUUAACCAAACAGUUUAAUUCCUGUCAAGCGUCUUGUGAGUGGUUCCUGGAUCACAUGGCAGAAAGUGAUUGGUGGCCACAACAGAUUCUUAUUAAAUGUCCUAACCAGAUUACUAGACAGAUGUUUCAGAGGCUAUUGAUACAUGUGAUAAACAGAUUAAAACCAACACAAAUUGAGCUGUAUCUUCAACCUUUCAUUGAAAAUGAAGAGGGUGAAGUAGACACAGUACAGUUAGGAAAUAAGUCAUGUGUGACAAGAUUCAUCAAGAAAAUGCUCAGUAUACUGGAGCAUGGGGUGCGACCUCACAGCAAGUAUUUGAUGGAAUAUUUUGCGUUCUUGUACGACUUUGCCAAGAUGGGCGAUACAGAAUGCAUGUUCCUCAUACAUCUCAACGCUAUAUCUACCAUGGUGAAUUUCUACAUGGGACAGAAAGCACAGGAGAAUUAUGUGGAGAUAUUAUCAGAUGAUGAAGAAGAGGAGGAGGUUAUAACUAUACCAGAUGAUACCUAUAAACCUCUAUCACUGGAGAAGAUGAUAGCCCUUAUAUCUCUACUUGUAGAGAAGUCACGUAGCGCUGACGAUAAUCAGUUACAGAUCUCCGAUAAAGAUUACCAUUGUAUCAUCUCUGCAAAUAAGGGUCAUCCAUUCCUGUUUAAUCAGAUCAGGGACAACAUUAAUGUACGUCAGACAUGUAACCUGAUAUUUAGUCUAUGUCGCUGGAAUGAUGGCCUGGCUAGUGCUAUUGUCAAUUUGGUAUUUGGUGCUAUAAAGAAAUUAAGUCCAGAGCAAUCUCAGCCAUUCUUCAAACUGAUGUCUAUGUUGGUAGAGUUUGUUGGAGGCCCUCCAGGGAUGCCUCCAUUCACACAGCUUAUAUUACAGAGGUUCUGGGAGCUGGCAAUGUGUAACCCUGUGGCAUGCCUCGACUGGAUGGCCAAUCAGGUGACUCGUAACAAACUGGCCAAUCACUACAUGUUGAACCAGAUGGACUGCUGGGUGGAACACUAUCUCAUCAAGAACAAUAAUGCCAGGGUCAGAAAUUCUGCUGGUGCCCUUGUUAUAUCCCUGGUUCCCAGUACACAUUUUAGACAAAUGUACAGAACAUCUAGAAGUGUUCUUAGUCCACACAAAGAAAUCCCAAUGAGCAGUGAGGCAUUGAUGGUGUUACACAAAGUAUACGAGCAUUUGCUAAGUCUGUUACCACGGUGUCGACUGUAUGUUGACCCUCAAACACAGGGGACCACUAAACUCAUCUGUUAUUUCACAGUACUACAGUUCUGUUUGGUAUCUAAGCAGGAAAAACUCAUGUUUGGACAUCAUUUCAGUGACUUGUGGGCACUAUUUCAGCCUAAAUUGUCAGAACCCCAGAUCUCAAUGCAUCACAAUAAACAGGCAUUAUUGUUGUUCUGGUACCAAGCUUGUGUAGAAUGUCCAGAGAAUGUGAAAUUGAUCGUUCACAAUCCACAUGUGUGUAAACAUAUACCCUUCACCUACAUACUUGCCGAUCAUGAGGACCAGGAUGUGAUGAUGUUUAAUCGUAUGACUUUACCAGCGUACUAUGGUUUGUUACGAAUGUGUUGUCAGCAAUCAAGGAACUUCACACGACAACUGGCCCAGCAUCAAAAUAUACUGUGGGCUUUCAAAAAUAUCACCCCUUAUCCUGCCCAAUAUCCAGGGGCUGUGGAUGAGUUGUUUAAGAUGAUGAGACUGAUGGCGACCAAGUACCAGGACUGUACUGACGAGGAAAUCAAGGCCAUCAACAGUUUCCGACGUAACACCAUACAACUUUAUCUACAGAAUCUAGAGGCACGAUCAGGCUGGCAGACACUGAUAGGAGCUCUGAAGAUUUUGGUAGACACAGAGACAGACAGAUUGAUUGUAUUGUUCAACAAGGGACUUCAAAUGUUGGGAGAGGCAUUCAUCACUCUACAUGUGAUGUAUCAUGAGGCUACGGCAUGUCAUGUUACAGGAGAUAUUGUAGAUCUGCUGUCAUUAUUACUACAAGUUCUCAAAAAUGCCAGAACAUAUGUUGAACAAAAGAAAGGACCACAGUCAAAUGAUGUAAAGAUGUAUGUACACAGCUGGGAUGAGAAAGUUACCAUAGCAAAGAAACUGUUAACAUUACUCAACUCUUACACACCACCUGAGAUACGCUCAGUCUGUAUAGAUGUGUUGAAGGAAAUGAUAUUAACCUAUCAGAGUGAAUGUAUCAAUGCUAUAGUUCCUAGUCUCACACAGGCCCAUCUCUCCUACUCGGAUACUUCCAUGCCAUUGGCAAAUGGUCCAUAUUUUCCAAGGCGUGGACAGAAGCCUAUAGGAGCCAAGUCAAACAUUAGACCACCAAGACCACAUUUCAACAUGUUAUUACAUACUAGUCAGAUAGAGGCAACUAAGGGUGUAGAUGAAGUGUAUGACGCAACAUUACAGGAUUUUUUCAUUCCAUAUCAUUCUAUGGUUGAUCUCAUGUGUAGGGUAGCUGUCAAUCAACAGAUUCUUACAGAACCCAUUAUCACAUUUAGUGCAAUGGUAGCUUAUGAAGGUGUUCCUUUACAUUCCCCAUACUUUGCUAAACUUUGGUAUGAAAUCUAUCACACAGAGGUUGACAAGAAUUUCAUCAAGAUAUUAUGUACCAGUAGUUUCUUCAUAGACUAUGUAGAUGCUGUGUUGAUGGAUGAAAGACUGUCUCUAAAUAAUCAAAAUAUUUACCAGUUCUUCUGUAAUUUCUUCCCCAGGGUAUCAGACCAGGUAUUAAGUGAGCAAGGGAGACCACUCUUAGAUUCUCUAGUAGCUUCAAUCACAGCAGAAAAGUCUGCUUUAGAAAAUAUGAAAUCUGAGCGGGAACUUAUGGCCAUCUUCCAAAGAAUUUCAGGGGACUUGCGUGCAAUGUUACUGAUAUUUUCGGUGCAACCACCGAAGCACAUGAACAAAAUGUUGUAUGAGAGUUUACAGUACAUACUGCACGUGUGCCGGGAACAUCAGCAACAGAGGGCAGAGCAAACAUCAUCACGUGCACGACAACAGAGACAAAGGAACUCUUCACAAGAGAGUCAGGAUAGUAGUGUCUCAGAGGAAUCUGGAGAAACACCCUCAAAGAAGAGAAAGAUAUCAUCUGAUUCUAGUAAAGAGACUGGUACUGAUAAUGAAAAGUCCGGGUCAGGUAUUGAGACCAAAGCCAAGGAGAAUAAGGAGACAGAAAAACCGAAAUCAGCCGAGACAGAAAGUGCUAAAACAGAAAAUAAAACCGAAGGUAAAAAAAGACAAAGCAGUGGAAAAUCUGACUCUGAAUUAGACAUUAAGGAAAGUCUUGGUUCCCCUAGACCAGUAACUAGACAAGAUUCUCCGGAACCGGGAACCAGUGCUUCAAGUAAACCAAAGGAGGCCAGCAACCAGGCGAGCCAGGAUCAAGAGGAGGCUGGUACGUCAAGUCAGUGUCAACAAACUCAACACCAACGUGAAACUGAAGAGGAGCCCCCACGGCCACGCCCCAGGGAUAGGCCAAUGUGGGUGGAUAUCGUAGCAAAACACAUUGAAUCUCUGUUCUCACUUCUUUCAAAAAGUGACAGUGAUAGUUAGGUAUAUAUUGACGAUUAAUACUUCGAUGUCUCUAGGACUUAGUGCUGCCAAUAGAUUUGUCAUGAGCAGUUGAAUUCUAAUCCACUGUAAGAAUGCAAUAUUUCUUUGAUGAUUAUGUGAAUAUGCAGUGCUCUAUGCCAAGGAUUAUAGUCGAAGAAUGAUAUUAAGCAUAACACCAUGUUCAUUUUAUGUUUUGAUUUUUGAGGAGAGAAAAAAAAAUUGACCGGUGUGCACAGAAAUGAAAUUUCCACAUACACAUACAGUACAUCACUGUAAAGAAAACUUUUUGUCUUAUUAUUAACCAGUACAAUAUUUUUAUAAUGUGAACAAGAUAAAUUAUUCAUACAGUCGAUGUUAAUGGCUUUACUCAUCAUAUGCAGUUAGUUUAUACAGGAUUUCAUGUUCAAAUUGCCAUGGUGCUUUCAGUUAUGGUGCAUUCUGUGUUGUGUAUUCUAUACGGUAGUUUGCCUGUAUUCUAUACAGUAGCUGUCUGUUUUCUAUACGGUAGUUACCUGUAUUCUUUAUGGUAGCUUUCUGUUUUCUAUACGGUAGCUGUCUGUAUUCUAUACGGUAGUUUGCCUGUAUUCUAUAUGGUAGCUGUCUGUUUUCUAUACGGUAGUUGCCUGUAUUCUAUACGGUGGCUGUCUGUUUUCUAUACGGUAGUUGCCUGUAUUCUAUACGGUAGUUGCCUGUUUUCUAAAUAGUAGCUGCCUAGCUACAGUACUUGUCUAUCACAUCUUUUAUUGUAAACAUACACCAUUUUCUCUGUAAGCACUUAGCAUUCAUUAAGUCAUAAAUCCAUGUCUUCUGCCAUUUUACUUUGUCAACACACACCACUUUUUUUUCCUUAAACUGAUUUUUUCCAUACACACUUGGCCAUGAAGACACAUUUCUAGAAAACUCAUCUUUUCCCAUUAUUUCCAUUUACAUGGCACCUGUUUAAAACUAAUCAGUUUCCAUGAAAACCUGGGCAUAAAAAUGCUGGCUUCCAUAUUUCAUAAACAUAUGAUCAAAAACUUGGGUUUUAUCUUCUUUAUUUCAUAAACUUAUCGUGUUAAACAAAUGUUUAUCAUGUUCCAUAAACACAUGGUCAAAAAUUUAAAAUGUUCUCUAUUUCAAUGCAAUAUUUGGUUGUAAACUUCCUUUUAUCCAUGUUCAAUGAACACCAGAAAUUCACAAUUUUUCUAUAUUUCAUAAACUUAUCGUUUCCAUUCACACCUAGUUGAAAAAUUCAUCAUAAAAACAUAGUCAUUACUAGCUUCCAUAUAUGUUAGUCACUUGAUCUUAGACUAGUCCAAAGUUCACCUAGACAGUUCUGCAUUUUACCAAGUUUUCAAAAUAAAAGGUUACAUACUUGAUUCUUUUCUCCAAACACCAAUGGAAUAAAUUAAUGACAUGAAUGAUGAAAUAAAUACUUCUCUGAAUACAGUUGCAAAAUAAUGAAUUUGAAGGAAUGUUAUAAACAUUUAAUCCUGAACCUGCGGAAUUUCUAGAAUGGAUUUGUCCAGCAACUAUUUUUUAAACUGUCCAUUACCAUUUUGGGGGUGUCAUGAUGAAAAUUUUAAGUCGGUCAGACAAAAGUAUAGAGCCUGGUUAGUGGUUAGACUACAUGGAUUUAUACUGGUGGCAAAGGUUAUUCACUUUCUGUUUCAGCAAGACAAGGGUUAUGGUCAAAUGUUUAUGGUACAUAAACUAGUUAAAAUGUGUAUUACUAAGUUAGGUUGUUUUUUAAAGUGCUAUUAUCAGUUUUCAUUAUUAACAGAUUGGUGAUCCAUAUCAUUGGUUGUAUUUUCAGCUUGUAGGUUAAAAUAUCCCCCUGAUCCUUGGCCAAAAUUGGGUUGUUUUCAUUGGCAUAUCUGUUGCCUCAGAUAAAAAGGAAAAGCCUGUAUUAUGUAUUUACUUUCCCAUAAGACUGAUGCUUUACAUUUAUGAACUUUCAUAUUUUAAUGUUAGCAGCAAGGAAUUACCUAUGCCAUCACUCAGGCUCUAAUGACCUUCUGCAUAAUAUGUCAUAACUUUCAGCUAUCAUUGGCCCCAUUAAAGCAUUUCAGUAUUAAAACCCCAUUAAUUAACAAUUGAUAGUCACAAAAUCCUUACCAGGCAAGUCCGUUUUACAAAUUAAGCAGAAUUAUUAUUAAAUGAAUAAAAUAUCUCUCCAAAAACAUAACUUCAUGAUAGUUUUUUGCAUUUUUUGUUGAUUUUUUUUUCUCACUGCUGUAGAAAUGUCAAGCUGUGAUGGAUGUUUUAACAUUUUUUAUGUACUAUUACAUUAAUAUUAUUUAUGAAUGUUUUAACUGUUAAGAUCUCCAUUUACAUACUGAAAAGCCACUUGAGAAGAUGUACAUAUAUUUGAAUUUGGGUGAAAUAUCCAAAUAAAAGAUGGCUACCUUUUUUUUUCUUCUUUUUUUUUUUUUUAAUUUGAAGGCAACUUUUGUUUUUGCAUUUUCUUUUUGUAUUAUAUUCCAUUGGAAUUUUAUCAGCCAUGUUGUUUAUUGCUGAUGUCCAUGUUGCAUUGAUGAAUAAAAAUGUUUUGGAAAAAAAAA